AUGACGUCCUCAUCUCCAGUCCAACCGGCUGCUCCAAAGCUGGACACUGCCGCUGCCCGGAAGCGCAGGAGACGCGCUCCCGCAGGAGGUGCCUCUGAUGAUUGCUUUGCCUGCACCAAGCGCAAUGUCAAGUGUGACAGGAGAAGACCGUAUUGCUCGCAGUGCCUUGAGGUCGGUAACGAAUGUUCGGGAUACAAGACGCAGCUCACCUGGGGCGUUGGUGUCGCCAGCCGUGGCAAGUUACGUGGGUUGUCUCUACCCAUAGCCAAGGCACCUCCAGUCAGCGCAGCAGUCAAGAAGAGCUCGCCCACGCGUACCAGAGCAGCCACCACAACUACCAUGACAACCGCCGCACCUGCCGGCCACUGGCACAACCCGGAAGACAUGAUCAACUCAUCACCCCGCCGCAGGCCAGUGAACCUUCACAUCUCCCUCCCAGUUCCUGAGCAGUCAUCCUCGAUAUCCAGCCCGACGACCCCCUAUCUCGCCCGUUACGAUCCCCAACGCGUAGGACGAACUGCAGAUACCACGCCGACAGCCCAUCAUAACCAUUGGAGUCAAAUGCCCUUCUCCGCCAGUCUUCCCACGGAUGGGUUUAGAUAUGGGAAAUUGGGCGGUCACCAGGGCAUGUCCAUUGAAUCGAUGCACGACAUGGACCACUACCACCUGUCGCCUAUGAGCCAUUCUUUCCCCAGAGAAGAUGUGCCAUUCCUACACAGCCCGGCGGUCCUCUACGAUGGCUUCAACGGACACAACUCUCCUACAGUGACUCCAAGCCCCUUGGCCGCGAUGAUCAUGGAGCAACGCAAUGCGCCAACUUCAUGCCCAAGCUUGGUAUAUGCGCCUUCGGAGCACAGCACCAGCGUACAUUCUCACUCGGAAAGCUACGACGUGCAUCUUAGUAACAAGUUGAUGCUUGACUGCGACUCCAUAGUGGGAACCCCAGACCUUGAUGCCUACAGCUCCAGCGUCCACUCCAACGGACACUUUUGGGGGGCUUCUCCACCGGCAGAAGAUACGACCUCGUGCCAGGAUUCGCACCCCCAAUCGUCGUCAUGGCCAUCGACAGUCGAAACUCCGGGGGCGCACGUCAGCGCUGAGCUGAUCUCUAAGAUGCCCUUCUUCCUCGAUUAUUAUGAACACACAAUGUGCCCAUCGAUGGUAUUUAUUGAUGGACCGAACAACCCCUUUCGGGAUCACAUUAUGCACCUUGCCACCAGCAGCCGCAGUUUACAGCACGCCAUCUGCGCCCUGGCCGCCUGCAACCUGCGUACCAAGAGGAAGCUCAGCCUUGGCCAACACUCGCCUGCAGAGAAGUUUAAGCGAUCAUGCUCGCCUGAAGCAGAAGACCAGUCGAUGCAGGAGGAGUACGAGCACCGUAACCUUGCUGUUCAUCUGCUGAAUGAACAAUUGAACGACGUGUCCAAGUCUAAGCACGACUCCGUGCUUGCGACGAUCCUUAUGCUCUGUCACUACAGGAUGGCGGAAUCGGGGAUUGCCAGGUUCCAUACCCAAUUUGCCGGAGUUAAGAAGAUCCUGCAAAUGCGCAGGACGACCUCAUACCCUCCCUCGAAUGAGUCUGCAUGGAUGGAAGCGCUUUUCACCUACUUUGACGCCAUCUCCGCCAGCAUCAACGACCGCGAGGCCCAGCUUGAUGGCAGCUCCUUCGGCUUCUCGCCGGAAGCAAUGCUGCUUCCCCAGGGCGCCGAGAAUCUCGUCGGGUGCGAUAGGGAGCUCUUCACCAUCAUUGUGAAGCUCGGGCGCCUGAACCUCCUCUCCCAACACAGGCCGGUGCAGAACAACGAUGCCGCCUUGGGCAGCUCGAUGCCGCGGUCCGAGUCCCCUUUCAGCGCGCCGCUGGGACAUGUGUACAAGCCCAGCAACAAUAUGAACGUGGACGUGUUUGGUACUAGUGGUGGCCCCAUCCGUUUUGAUGGAAACGGAUUUGGCAACACCCUUGGCGACGAUGAGCUUCUGUCGGCUGCCAUCAGCACUUCGGCGCCGACUUAUGACAGCCAGCGCUCAACAUUUUGGCGCGAAUGGAAGGAGGCGCGCGCUUCGCUCCAGGCUUGGUCGUUCGAUGCGCAACGGGUUACUGCUUCUCUUCAGCAGACCGGGUUGCAGCCGACGCCGGCUCAGAUUCGCGACCUCAGUUCCUUGUCCGAGGCAUUCCGCUAUGCUGCGCUACUCUACACGGAGCGCUUGGCGAGCCCACAGACGCCAUCGUCUCACAACAACUUCCGAAACCUUGUUUCACAGGUCGUCUACUACGCUACCAGCCUUGAAUCUGGUUCAUCCGCUGAGAAAUUCCUGCUAUGGCCGCUGUUUGUGGCUGGUAGCGAGUGCGUCAACGAGCUGCAGCAAAACAUUGUGCGGACAAAGUGCCGCGAUAUCAUGGCACGCAGUGGCUACAUGAACAACAUGUCGGCUCUUGAGAUCCUCGAGCGUCUCUGGAGUGGCGAGACGUGCGCAGAAGACGAUUACAUCGGCAGCGGGCGCCACAUCAACAUUCUCAACAAUAACAACAACAUGCGACUUCCAAGCCUGACACGAAGCAGUCCAUUCAACUGGGGCAAGUGUAUAGGGGGACCUGGCGUCGAGGUCGAAUGGAUCAUGUUCUGA